UACCAAUGACUCUCUGCUCUGUUUUUAUUAGAAGGAAGACUUUGGGUUUUUUAAUGCAUCAACACCCUCCCUCCUUACUCUGUUUUAUCUUACACUAGUCGUCUUCUCUGGUUUUUUUUUAUUUAUUACUAACACUAACACAGAUUAAAUAGACUAACUAAGUGCUUUUGCUAUUUUAUUUUUUUCUGCUUUUUCUUUUAGACUUUUUUUUUUGGUAAAAUGAACUGGAAUGAACCGAAGAAAUUUGACACAUAAACCGAGGGUGGCUUAUUGUGUACCAACUGUAGUAGAUUCCCUCUUCUCUUCUCCCCUUUCUCAGCUUUGGGUCGUUUUCGCCCUGUAAAUUUCCUCUAUUUUCUUUUUCUUGAAGCGGUUUCCUAAUAAACCUGAUUACACAUUUUGAGAGCCACCCUAGAGUAGAAAAAAGAGGCAGAUUAACAAUCAAAGCUUCGAAAAUUCAUUACGUUCUCAACUUCUCAGUCUUGUUCAGUUUUCCCUUAAUAGGAUUUGUGUUAAUAUUAUUACUCUUCUCAACUACUACUCUUUACUUUUCCUCUGUUGCUCUAUCUUUCAUAAAAAAAGCAACUUUGUCUUCUCCAUUUUGAGCUCGCAAGCCAAAUAAACCGCUAACCAGUAACCAAACCUAAGAGAAAGUUAUACUAUUUGUUCCCAUUUUCGUCCAAAUCCCACCUGCUUUUUUGGGGCUGGAAGUGUUUGUUUACUCUGUUUUCGUCUGGUACAAACUAUAUCGUAUUUGUUUAAAGAAUUUUUUUAUUAUUAUUAUUAUUAUUCUGCACUGACAAGAGGGGUCUUGUUUAAAGUGGGGUUUUUAGUAUUUUUUUGAGGCUGCGAAAAUGGGGUGUUUCUCAGAGAUUAUGUUUGGAGGUAGGAAAAUGGGAUCAUCUCUCUGAGCUGGGUACCAAAGAUUUUCCUGCAAAAUGGGCUGUACAAACUCCAAAAACGAAAAGGACGAAGCUUUGCGUCUAUGUAAGGAGCGUCGCAGGUUCAUCAAGCAAGCCAUCGAUUCAAGGUACGCUCUCGCAGCUGCCCACGUGUCCUACACUCAAUCUCUCCGGAACAUCGGCAUUGCUCUCCGACGAUACGCCGAGGCCGAGGUGUUGAUAGAAUCGUCUCUAUCGAUUUCUGACAAGACCCCAUCUCACUCCUCUUACCCUUCUCCAUCGCCGUCACAUCUUGCCGAAGUUUCAGACUCGCCGUUACACAAUGAAGUGACCGUGUCACCGGCGGUGCCUGCUUUGAGCUACAUGAGGUCAGGGGGUACUACCGCCGUUACUGUUAGCUUCAGUCCUGUUAAUGAUGGUUAUGCGGAGGAGUUUCCAAUGCCACCGCCUCCUCCUCCUCUUCCCGAGUCAGGGUCUUGGGAUUAUUUUGACCCCAUUGAUGAGAAUGACAGCUUUAGAUUUAUGGGAAACAAUGAAGUCGAUUUGAAUUUUAAUGAAAUGAAUGGGUGGAGGCAGUUUAAGAAUGAGGGAGCUAGUUCAAAAGGAGGUCAUGGAGCUCGUGAAGGGACUUCAAGGACUGAAAUGGAGCAAAAGACUUAUGGGGUCCCAUGUAAUUCAGUUGAUGAAUCAAAUAAGAAUGGUGAUGAUUUGAGUAACGCUGGGAAAGUUGAUGGUUCUCUUCAAGAGAGUAAUGGUGAGAAUAAACAGUUGGAUAUCAAACGACAUGUUAAUGGAGCAAUUGGCAGUGUGCCAGGAAAACUUGCAAUUGAGCAUAGCAGUUCAAAGAAGAAGGCGUCAGCAGAGAAAAACUUGAGUGGAGAAAGAGAGGAUCCUUCAGACUUUAUUACUCACAGGGCUAAAGAUUUUCUUUCAAGCAUUAAGGAUAUAGAGCAUCGAUUUUUUAGAGCUUCUGAAUCAGGAAAGGAGGUGUCUAGGAUGCUCGAGGCAAAUAAAAUCAGGGUUGGUUAUUCUGAAGCAAAAGGGAGAUCAUCUGCCUUGACAUUUUUACAAGCUUUUCAGGUUGCUUGCUGUCAAGGAAAUUCUGCCUUUGUCUGUCAUGAUCCUUCACAAGGAACUAAGGUUAUCACAUGGAAACGAACAACGUCCUCAAGGUCAUCAUCAUCGAGGAAUGCUCUUGCCACAGCCUCAAAGGAAGAUGGGGAUGACAGUGGAAGUGACUUUGUUGAAGAAUUCUCCAUGAUUGCUGGAAGUCAUUCCUCCACUCUAGAUAGACUGUAUGCAUGGGAGAGAAAACUAUGUGACGAAGUGAAGGCAAGUGAAUCCAUCAGAAAGGACUAUGAUGAGAAAUGUGAACAGCUUCGCUAUAUGUUUGCAAAGGAUUAUAGCAGUCAAGCAAUUGAUAAAAUCCGUGCAGUUGUGAAAGACCUACACUCACGCAUAAGAGUAGCAAUUCACUCUGUUGAUUCAAUAUCCAAGCGGAUUGAGAAAAUGAGGGAUGAAGAGUUGCAUCCACAACUUGUUGAACUUACUCAGGGAAUGAUCAGAAUGUGGAAGGCCAUGCUCGAGUGUCAUCAUUCACAGUACAUCACAAUCUCAUUGGCAUACCAUUCGAAGAGUUCAACUGGAACGCCACAAGGAGAUGCGCACAGGCAGAUCAUGGAUCAACUCUUGCAAGAGCUCGAAUGUUUCGGUCUUAGCUUUGCAGACUGGAUCAACGGCCUCACAUCAUAUGUGGAAGCACUCGAUAAUUGGCUUCAGAUCUGCCUCCUUCCACCAAGAGAACGCUCAAGGAGAAGCCUGUUCUCUCCUCGUCGAUCUCAUGGUCCACCUAUAUUUGCUGUAUGUCGUGAUUGGGUAAUGAAGAUAAGAGGGUUGUCAUCUAAUGAAUUGACCGCUGCAAUCAGAACCUUCAUGUCUGAUUUGCAUCACAUGAUGGAGAACCAAGCAGAACUGCAGAAGAAGACAGUCGAGGCCAAGACUGAAGAAUCAGAAAACAAAGAUGACGAGAACAGCAGCGGGGAUUCAUCAUCGAAUCUCAGCUGCAUACAAGCAAGCUUGACAAAAGUCCUUGAUAGACUGACAAAGUUUUCAGAGGAGUCUCUUAAAAUGUAUGAAGAUAUUAAGCAGACAAAUGAGACAGCUCGAACUCAAUAUUCCAACUGCAGAUCUACUAGAUGAUGAAAGGGUUAUGUAAUUAGGAGAUUUUGAGAAUAUCUUGAGUUUCUUGUUGGGAGAUUAGAUUGUAUAAAGUUAAAGGCUUGCAAAAAAUUCCAAUAAGAUAUUUUAAGAAAAAAAAAAGAAAAACAAAGAAUAAACAUAUUUUGAAAUUGAGUACCAAACUUUAACCAAAAACGUAAUUUGAAAAUUAAAUUUGGGUACCAAAACUUUUUCUAAGUGCUUAUGGUAGUCUGAGUAUAUGGUAUAUGAAAACACCUCCGAAGUUGUGCCGGGAGAUUUUACUAUGUGUUUUUUUUAUUCUGUGUUCAGAUGAAUAAAUACACUUGGAUUGUUAUUA